CUCCAUCUUCCGAAAAUCCCAAUGGUGCUACCUGUAGUGUAAGUCAGGGAAAGCCCUCUUUAAGAAGAAUAAAAGGGAGAAUACACAGAAGCAAAAGCCUUGAUAGCAUUGAUUUCUGUGAAUUCACUAGCACAACAAUGGAAGAAACAGCUAUAUGGGAACAACACACAGUGACUCUUCACAGGGCCCCUGGAUUUGGAUUUGGUAUUGCAAUAUCUGGAGGAAGAGAUAAUCCUCACUUUCAGAGUGGUGAGACAUCAAUAGUUAUUUCUGAUGUGCUGAAAGGAGGCCCAGCAGAAGGACUGCUACAAGAAAAUGACCGUGUUGCAAUGGUUAAUGGAGUUUCAAUGGAUAAUGUCGAGCAUGCAUUUGCUGUUCAGCAGCUGAGGAAAAGUGGGAAGAAUGCCAAAAUUACUAUCCGAAGGAUGAAGAAAAUUCAGAUUCCAGUGACUCGACCAGACCCUGAACCAGUGUCUGAAAACGAGGACGACAGCUACGAUGAGGAAAUCCGGGAUCCAAGGAGCAGCCGUGGUGGUCCCAGUGCCAGCAGGAGGCACGAGAAGAGCUGGGUCAGAGAUCGCAGCGCGAGCAGGGAGAGGAGCUUGUCUCCGAGGUCAGACAGGAGGUCUGUCACCUCCAGCCAGCCUGCAAAGCCCACCAAAGUCACUCUGGUGAAAUCCAGGAAAAAUGAAGAGUAUGGUCUGCGGUUGGCAAGUCACAUAUUUGUGAAAGAAAUAUCACAGGAUAGCCUGGCAGCAAGAGAUGGCAAUAUCCAGGAAGGAGAUGUUGUACUGAAGAUAAAUGGCACAGUGACGGAAAAUAUGUCCUUAGCAGAUGCCAAAACAUUAAUAGAAAGGUCAAAAGGCAAAUUGAAGAUGGUUGUUCAGCGAGAUGAACGAGCCACACUCUUGAAUGUCCCUGAUCUUUCUGACAGUAUUCAUUCUGCUAAUGCUUCAGAAAGAGAUGACAUUUCAGAAAUUCAGUCGCUGGCAUCAGAUCAUUCCAACCGAUCACAUGACAGGCCCCGCCGCAGUCGUUCACGAUCUCCUGACCAGAGGUCAGAGCCUUCAGACCAUUCCAGACAUUCUCCACAGCAGCCCAGCAACGGCAGUCAUCGAAGCAGAGAAGAUGAGAGAAUAACUAAACCAGGAGCUGUCUCUACACCUGUAAAGAAUGCAGAUGAUAUUUCUAAAACUGUGGAAGAGGUGACAGUUGAAAGAACUGAAAAACAAACUCCACCACUCCCAGAACCAAAGCCAGUGUAUGCACAAGGAGGUCAGCCAGAUGUGGAUUUACCAGUCAGUCCAUCUGAUGGUCCUUUACCCAAUUCAACCCAUGAAGAUGGAAUGCUUCGGCCAAGCAUGAAACUGGUAAAAUUCAGAAAAGGAGAUAGUGUGGGCUUGCGACUAGCAGGUGGCAAUGAUGUUGGCAUAUUUGUAGCUGGUGUUCUGGAAGACAGCCCUGCAGCAAAAGAAGGAUUAGAGGAAGGGGACCAGAUUCUCAGGGUAAAUAAUGUAGAUUUCACAAAUAUCAUCAGAGAAGAAGCUGUCCUUUUUUUGCUUGAUCUUCCUAAAGGCGAAGAAGUAACCAUUUUGGCACAGAAGAAAAAAGACGUUUAUCGUCGCAUUGUUGAGUCUGAUGUAGGGGAUUCUUUCUAUAUCAGAACUCAUUUUGAAUAUGAGAAGGAAUCUCCUUAUGGACUAAGUUUCAAUAAAGGUGAAGUGUUCCGGGUGGUGGACACUCUGUACAACGGCAAACUGGGCUCGUGGCUGGCCAUUCGAAUUGGGAAGAAUCAUAAGGAAGUGGAAAGAGGUAUCAUACCUAACAAAAACAGAGCUGAGCAGCUGGCUAGUGUACAGUACACACUUCCAAAGACAGCAGGAGGAGAUCGAGCAGACUUUUGGAGAUUCCGAGGCUUACGAAGCUCAAAAAGAAAUCUCCGGAAAAGUAGAGAAGAUCUUUCUGCCCAGCCUGUUCAGACGAAGUUUCCUGCCUAUGAAAGAGUUGUUCUUCGGGAAGCUGGGUUUCUCAGACCUGUAACCAUUUUUGGUCCAAUAGCUGAUGUUGCACGGGAGAAACUUGCUAGAGAAGAACCAGAUAUCUUUCAAAUUGCAAAAAGUGAACCAAGAGAUGCUGGUACUGACCAACGUAGUUCUGGCAUUAUUCGUCUCCAUACUAUAAAGCAGAUAAUCGAUAGAGACAAACAUGCUUUAUUAGAUGUCACUCCCAAUGCAGUGGACCGUCUGAAUUAUGCCCAGUGGUAUCCAAUUGUAGUGUUCCUAAAUCCUGAUUCUAAGCAGGGAGUAAAGACCAUGAGAAUGAGGUUGUGCCCAGAAUCACGAAAAAGUGCCAGAAAGCUGUAUGAAAGAGCUCACAAGCUCCGCAAAAAUAAUCACCAUCUCUUCACAACUACCAUUAACUUGAAUUCAAUGAAUGAAGGAUGGUAUGGAGCUCUUAAGGAAGCAAUUCAGCAACAACAGAACCAGCUAGUGUGGGUUUCAGAAGGAAAGGCAGAUGGUGCUACAAGUGAUGAUCUUGAUUUACACGAUGACCGCCUUUCUUACCUCUCCGCUCCCGGCAGUGAGUAUUCCAUGUACAGCACAGACAGCAGACACACGUCUGACUAUGAAGACACAGACACAGAAGGGGGUGCUUACACUGAUCAAGAACUGGAUGAAACUCUGAAUGAUGAGGUUGGGACUCCUCCUGAAUCUGCUAUUACACGCUCCUCUGAACCUGUUCGAGAGGAUUCUUCUGGAAUGCAUCAUGAGACUCAGACUUACCCUGCUUAUGCAUCUCAAGCUCAGCCACAGCCAAAUCUCAGAAUAGACUCUUCAGGAUUUAAAGCAACUACUACUCAGCCGAAAGCAGAAGCCUCACCUGCAGUCCCUUACCUUUCCCCGUCGCCUGAAUCAAACCCUGCAACCUCAUCAGCCUCUGCAGUAAAUGCUAAUGUAAACCUAAGUAAUGUCAGACUGGAGGAGCCUACUGCUGCUCCUUACAACUCUUACCAACCACAAGCGGGCCCCUUAAGAGCACCGAGUACUGAGGGAGCUCAUGUAGUACUAAGAGACCAAGAGCCAUCAUCCUUACCGCCGCAUAUAGAUCCAGCAAAGGUGUACCGGAAGGAUCCAUACAUUAAUGAAGAAGCAUCCAGACAAAGCUAUGUCUUAAAACAGCCAGCAAUUAAUCACCCAGUACAGAGACAGGAAAGAGACCCAAAUCUGAUCUAUGAAUCCCAGGCUCAAUAUGCAGAAAAACAACCGAGUAGGGAUUAUGAACAGUCAACAUAUAGGUAUGACUCUACAAACUAUGUGGAUCAAUUUUCUCGUGGUUAUGACCCUCGCCUACAUUAUGACGACCGUGUGCCUCCCUAUGAGGAUCACUGGACAUAUUAUGAGGACAAGCAGCCCUAUAACCAAACAAGAACAGCUUAUGAAAACCAGCCUCCUAGGGAUCUCGAUUCCAGACAAAAUCUAGAAGAGAGCACAGAACGCAGCUAUUACCCAGCACAACCUCGUUUUGAGGAGCCCCCUGCAAUGAGCUAUGACAGCAGACCUCGCUACGAGCAUGCACCCAAAAACUUCAGCUUGCCACAAGUGCGAUACGAGGAUCAACACACGGUUGGAUACGACACCCACGGUCGAUACAAACCAGAAGCUCAGCCAUACCAGUCAGCCAUAUCUCGAUCUCCUGAACCCAAGCAGUACUUUGAUCCACACAUAAGAGGCUAUGAACAAGGACCUCCUCAAGCUUAUAAUGCUAAAGCUGGACAGUAUGAGCCUUCUCAUAGCACUUCAGGUGUUUCUCUUCCUCCUCCCCCUUCAUCACAAACCAAACCAGAAGUUUUGCCUUCCAACAGUAAACCACUGCCUACACCACCAUCCCUAGCUGAGGAAGAAGAAGAUCCAGCCAUGAAACCACAGUCUGUGCGAAGUAGGGUUAAGAUAUUUGAAAGGAGAAGAUCUCCAUCUUUGGAAAAAAUGAAGGACACAGGUGAUACAUCAGCUGUCAAGCCUCCAGAACUAGCACCUAAGCCUGCACUCACAAGUGUGAGUGGUCCAAAACCAACUACUCAAAGCCAGUAUGAGCACGAGAAAACAACCUACAGGGCCCCAGAACCACAGAGACCUCAAGUGAAGCCACCUGAAGAUAUUGUGCGUUCCAAUCAUUAUGAUCCUGAGGAAGAUGAGGAGUAUUACCGGAAGCAGCUCUCCUACUUCGAUCGCAGGAGUUUUGAAAAUAAGCCAUCGGCGCAGGUUGCUGCCAGCCAUCAUUCUGAGCCCACCAAACCAAUACAUUCACAGAAUCAGCUGAAUUUCAGCAAUUAUUCUAAAUUUCUUGGCUCUUACACUAGCUAUGACUACUUGAAAAGGAACAUCAAGUGGGGGAAACCAACUGAUACUGAAUCACUGGAUAGACCUGUUGGUGAAAAACGCUAUGAGCCAAUCCCUCAAGUUACAACUCCUCCUCCUGCUCCUUCAGUCCAGUACACACAGCCACAGUCAAUUAACAGUCCUGUCCUGUCUCUCCCAGCACACCACAAGCCUGCACUUUCUGAAGUUAACUCUGUGUCUGAUCCUCCUCCACCUCAGAACAAGUCAGCAAUUUUCAGAUCCUCUAGAGAGGACACUGUGCAGUCCACUUUUUACCCUCAGAAAAGCUUCCCUGACAAAGGCCCUGUUAAUGGAACUGAGCAGAUUCAGAAAACAGUCACUCCUUCCUACAACCGCUUCUCAACCAAACCUUACACAAGUGCUGCACGGCCCUUUGAGCGCAAGUUUGAAAGUCCGAAAUUCAACCACAAUCUCUUGCCAAAUGAAGCUCAGCAUAAACCAGAGUUGCCAUCAAAAUCUUCAAAUUCUCCUCAACCAAUUUUGAAAGCACACAGCUCAUCGCAGCCUCCUGACUUUGAGAGUGGAACGGACACCUAUGCUGUACAGGUCGACAAGUCUAAAUAUCAACCAAAUAACGUUAAUGCUGUGCCUAAAGCCAUUCCUGUAAGCCCUACAGCACUUGAGGAUGAGGAGGAGGAAGAUGGACACACUGUUGUAGCCACAGCAAGAGGUGUAUUUAACAGCAAUGGUGGUGUAUUGAGCUCCAUAGAGACUGGAGUUAGUAUUAUUAUACCACAAGGAGCCAUUCCAGAGGGAAUAGAGCAAGAAAUAUAUUUCAAAGUCUGCAGAGACAACAGUAUACUUCCACCUUUGGAUAAAGAGAAAGGUGAAACACUUCUUAGCCCCUUGGUAAUGUGUGGGCCUCAUGGACUAAAAUUCCUGAAGCCAGUGGAGCUGCGCCUGCCACACUGUGCGUCUAUGACCCCUGAUGGUUGGUCUUUUGCUCUAAAAUCCUCCGAUUCCUCGUCGGGUGACCCCAAAACCUGGCAGAACAAGUCUCUUCCUGGGGAUCCAAACUAUCUUGUUGGAGCAAACUGUGUCUCAGUCCUAAUUGACCACUUCUAAAUAUUAAGUUAGCUGACUGAGUAAAUAAUAUGAAACUGAGAUGGACCUUACAUAUAAACUGAAACACUCUAUCAAGUAUUAACUGUUCUAUAAGUGAUAAUGGAUCUUAGUGUUUAAGCAUCUUGCUUUAACUAACAAUGAAUUAGCAAGUACAUUCUUUGAACCAUGGUCACAAUACAUGCCACAAGCAGGGAGUGUACAGGGGGAACAAGGGUUUUGCAGGUCCUGUAUGCUUUGGUUUGGUUGUUCUUGUGUGUUGGGUU